GAAGAAUCAUGUGUGAGCGACAAAAGGCGUGGAUCAAGGUCAACGAGAUGAUUUUGUUUAACGAGUUAAAUAACUAUGGUGUGUUUUAAAACGUAAAUAUAUAUUCUAAUUAUGUAGAGGAGUGUAACAUCAAAAUAUUUACUAUAAUAUUAAAUAUUUAUAAACGGGUUCGGGAAAAAAGUGAUGUGUGAAAAAUGAUCCGGUGAAAAAUAAAAGUUCUAAAUCAAAACAGUUCGGAUAGCAGUACACAGUGUAACAUACUUCGCUCGUGAAUAGUUCGAACGGUUCUACUAAAAAUAAACUAUUGCAGUAUUGGAUUUUUGACAAAUUUUCGUAAUAAAAAACAUGUCCGAAGAAACAAAGUGCCAAGUUUGUCGAAAACCGGCCAGUAAUCGAUGUAGCGGUUGCCAUUUCGUUCACUAUUGUAGCAAAGAACAUCAAAAAAGUGAUUGGAAACAACAUAAAAAGUAUUGCAAACCGUUUAAGGUAUAUAUUGACGAAACUUCCGGAAAAUAUUUGAGAUCGACUAAAGAUCUACACUCAGGAGAUGUAAUAUUCCAAGAAACUCCGUUGAUUUGGGGUCCGAAUCGAUCUACGGUCCCUGUAUGUUUGGGUUGCGGUAAAGAAAUAAACGAAAAUAACAGUAGACCUUGUUCGAAAUGCGGAUGGCCGAUGUGCAGCGAUUUGUGCGAAAAAGCACCAGGGCAUAUACCGGAAUGCAGAUAUACGGUAUUAAAAGGCGAUGAUAAAAUGUCCAUUAGAAAUUUCGGUAUCAUUCAUCCGAGCUACCAGUUUGUAACUAUUUUGAGACUGCUCUAUCAAAAACAAUUCCUACCGGACAUUUGGAAAAAAAUCCAAUCGUUAGAAACACGUGAUAAUCAAAGAAAAAAUAUUCACGACUAUGAACGUGAUAGUAUACAAAUAGCAAAAUUCAUAUUGAAAUUUUUCAAAUUAGAUACAGUAUUUACUGAGGAUGAUGUCUUAAAAAUAUGCGGAAUAUUAAAAGUAUAUUCACACGAAGUUCCUUGUACCGAUCCCCCCCACGUGGCCAUUUACGAACAAUCGUUGUUUUUGGAACACAGUUGCGUUGCUAAUUGCGCCAAAAGUUUCUCAGAAAAAGGAUGUAUCGUAAUAACCGCCGGCGCCGAUAUAAAAAAAGGCGGUAAACUCAGUAUUUGUCGCACGAAUCUUAUACGAGGUACGUCCGAUAGGAGACGCCAUCUUUACGACACAAAAUUAUUUUGGUGUUGUUGUCCGAGGUGUUCGGACCCUACGGAAUUCGGCACGUAUUUCAGCGCUCUAAGAUGUCAAGAUAGUAACUGCAAAGGGUAUUUACUCCCGAAAACGUUUAUAGAUAACAAAACGAACGACAAAGGUUCCGAUUGGUACUGUAACGAAUGCCCCAGUAAACUAUCCCCUUAUGCAGUACAAGAUCUGCUAGAUAGAAUCGGAAAAGAUUUAACGGAAAUGCCGAAAGAUAACAUCAAAGAAUGCAAGAAUUUUAUCGAUAGCUACGAAGAACUUUUACAUCCCAACCAUUAUUAUUUAACCGAGGUGAAAAUAGCCCUAAUCAAUUUGAUAGGCGAAGAAAAAAACGGACUAAGAGACGUUUCUGAAGAAAAUCUACAAUUAAAAUUGAAAUUCUGUCAGAAUUUAUGCGAUUUAUUCAAACAAUUAACACCAGGUGAAAAUAAAAUGAGAGGAAAAAUUCUUUAUGAACUUCAAGCUACUGUUGUCGAAAUUGGUCGACGUAAAGCCGAUCCUAACAUUGUUUACGCUUCUUUAAUAGAAUCCAAAAAGCUUCUAGAAGAAUGUACUUCGCUCUUGAAACACGAGCUUGAAUCAUCAUUGGAGGGGAAAAUAUACGAAAAAGCAACAAAAAAUUUGAAAGAAUUGCAAUUAGUACUUCGAACAGUACACGAAGCUAUGGGACAAUCACCAGCUUAAACAAAAUAUAUUUUUUUUGUUAUUUGCAGAUUUUAUUCGUGUUCUCAUACGUUUUAAAUAAAAUAUUGAGAUUA